GAUCGUGGGCUCCGAGCGGUGCGCAGCACGGGCCGGCGGAGAGCCGGGAGUCGCUGAGGCCAGAACAGAGCGGCGUCUCCUCCGUCCAGGAGAGAUACCGUCUGUCGAGCGCUGGUCGUGGGAAAUUCCGUGACGAAGUCCGUGAGGUCCGUGAGGAGGUCGUGAAAGAAAAGAGUGACUGAGAUCGGAGGAACCUGAUCCUAAUCGGAGGCGCUGUCCCUGUGAGUGCAGUUGUGUGCACAGUGUGCCAAGAAGAGUUCGUGUGACGGUAGCGUUGAGUCCAUCAUCACACCAGCAACCAUCUCCGUCAGAAGAACCAUCUCGGCUGAAAUCUAGUUUUGGUGCGUCCGGACGGUCACCGUCUCAGGGUACCGCCCCGAGCAACAGCUUCGGGCACGCCCACCGGCUCCCCCGAGGUCAAUAUUUACAGUGCCCAGAGCGGCGGGAUGGGAGGGAGCGUGCUGUAAACAGCCUCUGUGCCGUGCGGAGCUCGUAGUCUCCGGUCAGGUGACAGGUAGAGAGAAGGAAGGGGAAAGGAAAUAACAGUGAUUAGGUAGCAAGUAAAGUGACAGCUGCGGUAAGAGAGUGAUAGAAUAUCGUGAGCGAAGGAGGGCAGCAACAGUGGAAAAAAGGCGCGGUAGACGAAAGUGAACAGGCAGAAAAGGAAGGAAGUGGGAGAAGGGAGCGGCUGGUGUGACCUCCGAGAUGAAGUUACAGGAAUCGUGAUCGGUUCCUGAAGUUGGUGAUCGGAGACUGGAGGACACCAACACCGCACAGUGCACAGUGCACAGGAUCCAAAAUGGCUGUCGGCUGUGGAGCUCAAUGCGCUAAGUCACUUCUCAUCAUCUGUAAUUUGAUAUUCUGGGUGGCAGGAGUGGCAGCGCUCGGUCUGGGUAUAUGGAUCCACCUCGACAAGGGCAAGGGUCACCUGUACAACCUGGUAACCAUAGACACGGUUGGACCAGACGCAGUCAACCAGUUCAAGUAUUUACUCAUCGGUUUGGGAGGAGUAACAGCGCUGGUGGCUUUGCUCGGUUGCUGUGGAGCCUGCAAGGAGAGCAAAUGCAUGCUGGGAACGCACUUCGCUUUCCUAUUGGCCGUGUUCCUGGCGUUCGCGGCGCUGGGCAUCCUGGCGGUGACGUCACAGGCCACUCUGAUCAGUGACGUCGAGGGGCGGCUGCAAAAGAGACUGAGGACCGGCUACAACCAGACCGAACAGGGUCUCUUCACCGUGGCUAUGGACUUUGUGCAGGUGGAGCGCAAGUGUUGUGGCAUCCGCGACUCCACCGAUUAUUUCAACUCAAAAUGGCGCAACUCAACUUUCGCCAAAACUCCGGAGCUAAAAGAAGUUCCUGACACCUGUUGCGUCAUCAAGAAUGAAAACGAUAAGACGGCGUUCCUCCACCCGCGGCCUAAAAAUUCCCAGCUCUGUCAAUCAUCCGACCCCAGAAAAUACGGCACCGAGGAGGACGGAGGACCCUUCCGCCAUACUGUGGGCUGUAUGGCAGAGAUCCAACGGUGGUUCGAUCAGGAGACGACCAUCCUCCUCUGCGCCUCGCUAGGACUCGCUGGUCUGCUGGUUUUCGGCAUGCUAUUCACCGUCUGCUUAUGUCGAAACGUCGAGGAGGAAGAAACUGCCUGAGCGCGUGGUGCGAAGACCAAUCACAACAGAGCUUACUCGAGACAAAGUCCAACUCUACACUGCUAGUAGAACGCACACAUGCGACCCUAAGUCCUGACCAUCGGCCAGUAUUCUCUGCUGUAUGAGUUCAGUACUGACACAGGAGUAAGUAAGUGGUGGCCACUCGUCAGUUUAUGGUGAAUCUCAUGUUAUACCUGUAUCUGUGAACGGUCGGUGUGGAUGUCUUAUAUUAUGUGUGAUACGCUCCCGCUAAAAAAAAUGUGUCCACGGCUGGAUCGUAAUCGACAUUUGACGUUCUUGCUGAUCAGAACAAAAACUGCAAAAGAUGGAAGCACACAAAUGAAAUAUCUGUCCCUGAACAGUUGUCAACACAAAUAACGAACUCUUCGACAGGACAGCAGAAGGCGUAAUUUUACAUUAAAAUUCAGUAUGUAACUCUGCGGCGGUGCUUAUGUAUCUCACUAGAGUAACCUACAGCGUGCAGUGGUGUAAUUUAUUCGUAAUUAAGCUUAAAAGGCGAAAAUCGGCGCGCUAACCACUUAUAAACGAUCUGAACAAAGAUCUACUCGUUACUCGUCAAUCGCAGAUGAAGCAAGCGGGACAUCAGAACUUUCCCUGAAAUCCCAUUGCCACUUGGAUCAGGAUGAUGAGCCAUAGAGUGUUACUGUGUGAUUUCAAUGGAAAUAGGUAGACUCUGUGUUGUUUGUCGCUUUAAAGCUGCGGCGAGGACGGCUCAAACUUGAGCGCGAAUGGUCGGUAGCAUGGCUUGAAGAGUAUCACAUUCAUGUGGUCGCCUUUUUGGUCAUGAAUUGCUGCGUUUACUCUUUUGCCUAGCGGUGUUUGCAGAAAAAAAUAGUCGCCAAUACAUUGAAUAUCAAUGUAUCGACUACUAUUUGUCGAAUAUACGCCUGCAAUGUUACGAGCGCUAAGAGUAUUCUGGCACUGAAAGUCGUAUUGUCUGCUGUUUAGAUUGCUGUUACGCAUACAUGACCGACUGAAGUACUCGUACGUACCUUCUAGGUCAUCUGUUUUAUGUGAGCAAAGUGCAAUCAAGCUCGUGUUGUUUGAUUGUCACUUCUCCAUCGUAUAUGUCGUCGGUUAAAUCUUCUCCAUCGCUUUUAGGCCUAUAGUUGUAAAAUGAUAUGUCACGUUUUCCUUCUGGAUAAAUACAUGUUUAUUUUGUAAA